AUGGUUCCUGGUCUCGGCACCGCGUCUCUCGUGGGUCCUCUCUCCCCGUCACCACUUAUCGUCUUUCGUCACCAUCUCGGAACUCUGCUCCGCAUGCGAACCUCUUCCUUUCUAAUAAGGUUUCUCCCCCCUGCGUGCCUCCCUCACCCGCGCGCAAUCCCUCUACCCCCUGCUUCCCCCCUCUCCCUCCCCUCCCUCCCCCCCACUCCCCCCCCCCCUCGCGCCUUCCCACCCCCCCCCUCUCCCCUCCCCCCCCCCCCCCCCCUCUUCCCCCCACCGCAUUCCCCUGCCCCUGCGAAUCUCCUCCUCCCCGGUGAAUCCCCUUUCCCCCCCGCCGGAUCUCCCCCCAAGGCGCCAGCAGCGGCGCGGAGACCCAGCCGCUGCGAGGCGCGUGCGCAACACGGAGGCGGGGGAGGCCGCCAAAGCCGCCAUCACAAAGACAUCAAGGCGCGAUGCGCGGAGGGCGGCGGGGGUUCCGGCGGCGGUGCGCGAGCGCUGUUGAGCGUGAUGCCUUCCAUGGAUCUGGCCUUGCGCCUCAAGUCGGUGAGCGUGUUCGCCGCGGACAAUCUGCGCCUCAACCGCCCGCUUCACCUGCUCAUGUGCGCGCGGAGGGGGGAGGGGGAGGGGGAGUCUGGGAUGUGGAAGGGGGAGGGAUGGGGGGAGAAAGGAAGGGGCACGAAGGCUGAUCACACCACAUCUCCACCGCCUUUUUCUCCCUCUUUUUCCGCCCCCCUCCCCCUCUCUUCCCUUUCAUCCCCUUUCCCCCCUGCACACAUCCCCCACCCAAUUGCAUUGCACGCCCUACCCAUUGCAGGCCACUUCCUGCUGACCAACCUGCUGCUGCCAAAGCUCAAGGAGACGGCCAAGCAGGAGGGCGCAGAGGCGCGCAUUGUGGUCGUGUCGUCCGUCCGCCCACCAGUUCCCGUACCCGGGGCGGCAUCCGCUUUGACGCCAUCAACGCCAAGGAGGGAGGGUACGACUCCAUGA